AUGAAUAACGAAUAUGCAGAAGCAGGAGGGACUGGAUUUGAUGAUGUGAGAGACAAAUAUGGAAAACUGCGCGAUUUCGUUCGACAGAAGACGCGACGUCGAAUCGACAGGUAUUAUGAUCUCGUGCCGAGACCCGGCACCCAGUACUGUAUCCACGUAUCGAUUCGCAGUAUACAGACGUCGGCGUUGGUCGGUUCGAUUCUCGGACCCAUCUCGUCGGUCCUUCUACAUCGACAUGACAAAAAGGAGCUCGUCGAGUCGUUCGUGUUGGGCGGACUGAAUGGAGCACUCGUCGGAGCCGCAUUAGGACCAAUUAUUGCGUUGGCGACGUGCAAAAAUAUGAAUCGAGUCACGAAAAUGAAAAAUUAUGUUAACAGCAAAUUUGAUCAAUCAAUGUUGUGGCAAGAUCAUAUUGCAAUCGCAUCAGCAGCUGUCGGAUUCCUCUCACAUGGCCAAAUCGGCCUCGUCGUUGGCCUGGAUUUGUCGCUUUUAUUCGCGCUUGUCUCUAGAAAAUGCUCGUAUUGGUUCAAGAAUUUUGUUGGAAUCAAGCAGAAUGAUUUUGAACUUCUCCAGGUUCCGAAUGCUGGAGCAGAAUUCUGUAUCCAUGUGACCCUGAGAAGUAUGCAGGUCGGAGCGAUUCUUGGAUCAAUUCUUGGACCAUUAUCGGCAUUAAUUUUCAAAGAUCAACAGAUAAAAUCAAAAACAUUGGUGGACUCUUUCGUCUCUGGAGGUGUGAAUGGAGCUCUGAUUGGGACCGCAAUGGGACCAGUUUUGACCUAUUUGAGUCUUCGUAACAUGAAUAGCAUCAAACUUUAUGAUAAGUGCUACAGAUUGAGAUUCGAUCAACAUGCCUUGUGGCAAGAUCGAACUGCUCUCAUCUCUGCCGCCGUUGGAUAUUUGAGCAGUGGAUCCAUGGGUCUCGUCGUCGGACUCGACUUGUCGCUUCUCAUGAGCAACGUUAUGGGAAGAGCAUGGUAA